UCAGUGUCCUCAAAGAUGGCUGCUGCUCUGGUUGUACUACAGAUGGUUCCCUCAUACAAACGUAAUCUGUCUCAUUCUGAACAGCUUUAAUACAGCAGUUGAAGGGAAGGAGAGAAAUCUGUUGGCCCAUAGUCCUGUCGGGUUGUCUAGACAGAACAAUUGAUUGAUUUCAUGGAUAUUUAAUCUUUCAGUUAUUUGGAAUGGUUAUAAAAUACCACAAAACAGGCAAUACCCAACACCAAAGUCCAAAGGACCACCGUAACGGGUCCAUCUCUUUCACACCUGGGCAAAUUCUGUCUGCUGAAGAACAUGUAAUAUGGUUGAAAUCCCUGGGGGUAAGAAGGUAAUCUUGAGUUUGGAUUUUUUUUUAACCCAAAAUCUUGUACCAGAGUCAUUUCAACAUAAUUCUGAGGUUUUGCGGAGAUUAUUAUAAAGAUAAACGGUCUAAUCGCUGGCAGACAAAGGUCGUAAGAUUUAACUUUUGUCCCUCAAUCACAUCCUUAUCACUAGAAGGCGCUGUCUCCCGGCUGUUCAGUCGAACAUCACAUUCCUCAUCUUCACCCCGGCAGCGAGCGGCUUUUACAUCCGGGCGGCUAACUCGCUCUUCUUCAAUCGCAAUCCGCUCCCCUUCCCUGUGCUCUCGACCGGGGAGGUCUGUGGCUGCAGAAGAAACCCCCGAAUUCCGGCCUCUUUUGACGGCGUCUGGUCCCGGGCCCCCGAGGCGCUGCUUCCCCGCACAACCGGUCGCACAUGACGCGGGCUCCGCCGAUGGUGGUGCACGGCGCCGAGCGCUCCCCGUCGGUGCGACAUCUCCGCGCUGAAGUAGCAUCGCUGGCUAACGUUAGCUAACAACAUCGAUCUCACUGCUACUCCACCCCCCCGCUCCCUCCGGUCGACUCCCGCUACCGAUCCGUCAUAUCAACAGCUGAUUGAUAGCAAAUACUGGACCACCGAAGGCACCCCCCCUCCCCGACCGUCCACCGCUUAGUGCAGGAAACCCACCCCUUUUUGCCCAGAUUCAGGGCCCGCAAAGAAAAUAGCCUCGGAGUUUCAAACCGUGAUAUUUAGAUCAUCAGCUCCCUUUCCUCCUCCUCUGUGGCCUCUCCAGGGGUCUUCUCUACCUCAACACCCCGAUGCCUCCCCAUCCUUGUGUGUAAACCUCAGCUGCACCAUCACUCCGACCCUGAUCAGACCGAUCCGAGCUCCACCAACACCGGAUCUGCUGCUCUUGACAAUCCGACCAGGGGGCGCGCACUGACUGCGGCGAAACCCCGUGGACGUUCCCGGUUUUCCCCAUCCCUGCCUCCCCUUUUUAGUCAGUCUGGCUACGGAGGGAAGUUAGCUGGCUGUUCCACUUCACACCCACCAAGACAGCAUAUCCGGUCACGGAUCUACCCCUGCCACCCCAUCCAGCUUGUCCGCGAUCCCCACCACAGCACAUCUCCGUGACACACGUCCCGCAGCGCCCGAGCUACGGGUCUCGCCAUGCCGGGUCCAGUGGCCGGUAGCAAGUCCCGUGUGUACGCAGACGUCAACACGCUGAAGAGCCGGGAGUACUGGGACUACGAGGCCCACGUACCCAACUGGAACAACCAGGAAGACUACCAGCUGGUUCGUAAGCUGGGCAGAGGAAAGUACAGUGAAGUGUUUGAGGCCAUCAACAUCACCAACAAUGAGAAGGUGGUUGUCAAGAUCUUGAAGCCGGUCAAGAAGAAGAAGAUCAAGCGAGAGAUCAAGAUUCUGGAGAACCUGCGAGGAGGGACCAACAUCAUCCGACUGGUGGACACAGUCAAAGACCCAGUGUCCAGAACUCCGGCGCUUGUCUUUGAAUGCAUCAAUAACACAGACUUUAAGGAGUUGUACCAGAAGUUGACAGAUUAUGAUAUCCGUUUCUAUAUGUAUGAACUACUGAAGGCUCUGGACUACUGUCACAGUAUGGGAAUCAUGCACCGUGACGUCAAACCCCACAAUGUGAUGAUCGACCACCAGUUGAGAAAGCUACGUCUAAUAGACUGGGGUUUGGCAGAGUUCUACCAUCCAUCCCAGGAGUACAACGUCAGAGUGGCCUCACGAUACUUCAAAGGCCCUGAACUCCUGGUGGAUUACCAGAUGUAUGAUUAUAGUCUAGACAUGUGGAGCUUGGGCUGUAUGUUGGCCAGUAUGAUCUUUCAGAAAGAGCCCUUCUUCCAUGGACAAGACAACUACGACCAGUUGGUGCGAAUUGCCAAGGUCCUGGGGACAGAUGAGCUGUUUGGCUACUUGCGUAAAUACCACAUUGAACUGGACCCACGCUUCAAAGACCUGCUAGGACAGCAGAGCAGGAAGCGUUGGGAACAGUUUGUGCAGACGGAGAACCAGCACUUGGUGAGUCCUGAAGCUCUGGACCUGCUGGACAAGCUGCUACGCUAUGACCACCAACAGAGGCUGACCGCCACCGAGGCCAUGGAACACCCCUACUUCUACCCAGUAGUUAAGGAGCAGUCUCUGUCAAACUCUGACAACAACAUGGUUUCCAGUGGCAACACUACAGCACGAUGAAACACAGAGGUGGAAGAAGAAGGAUGUUUGUUACCUCAACUUUGUACCCGGUUGUGACAGUAACUUUGACAAGUGUACAGUGACAAGGGAUCAAAGUAACUCUGACCAGUUACACACACACAGAUAUGUGCAUACGGAUACACACACAUACAUCAAUGCAAGCACAUCUCUGUACACACACAUGCACACAUGUAUACAUACACCCUCCUCCUCUGUAUCAGUCUGUGAUUGGCUUGUCCUGGUUCCCUGUCCAGCAGCCUGACCAAUGAGCUUGAAGCUGCUCCCUCUUUGUCCCCUCAAAUGGUCUUUGUCCUCUCAGCUCAGUCUCAUGUAGGUCAAGAAGGACAAACUACUUUUAAAGACAACUCAGUCUCUCCUCCUCUCUCCGUCAUCUCUCCGUCCCUCCUUUAUAUCGUCCCCUCUUUGUUUGCAUCAGCAUGGAGAAUGAUCAGGAGUGUGAGCCUGUACAGGUCCCUCCCCUCCCAACCCAUUCAUCCAUCCAUCCGUCUGUCGGCCCCCCCUCCUCCCUCCCUAUCAUGUACCCCAACUGACAGACAGACAGACGUCUUAGCACUACUCCAGUUCUGAAAGUGGCAUGGUGGACUCUCUCUAGAUAGAAUGAUGAUGAUGAUAAUAAUAAUAUUAAUGAAAAAUAAAUGAUUUUUAUUUAGAUGAA